AUGGCUCCAGAACACAAAAAGUUUUGCGACUCCUAUAAGAGAAACUGUCCGGAUCGAGUUUCACUCAAACAAUCCGGGUCAUUUUUGGGAAAUGAUCGUGAUAGCGAGACUUCAGAUUCGACGUCAUCAGAAGAUAAAACUUAUUUAUAUAAGGGAACGAAAAAAGAAUACUGUGAAAAGUUCAGUGUUAAUUAUGAAUAUUAUUGCAAAGGAACAAUUGAAAAUGCUGAAAUUUUCACAAAAUUCUGUCCAUCCUACAAAAAAGCUUGUGUUACAGCAAAUCAAAAACCAUCGAAUCCAUUCUCCCCAUCUAAAGGCCAAACUCCAGUUUCAAGUGCCAGUACAUCCGAUUUUCCAGACGUAGAGCAUCCGAGCGCCGGAAAAUCAAAAUCUUCAAGAAGGAGAGGCAAAAAAAUCAAAAAAUUGCGACCUUGCUCGAUUGAUUGCGAUGAACGAAUUUUCCCGCAUUGCACAAAACAAUGCAAAUGUGAUUACGACUACCCAGCAGUGCAGAAAUUCUGUAAUCCUCCGCCUCUACCAAUGUUCUUGAACACAUGCAGGCUAUGGUACUACGGAUGUCCGAAAUAUGAGCAAUAUCAUUAUGCAUCCCAGUUCAUCUACUCGAAAGCAGAAAAAGGAAAAGUUCUUGAAGGACCAAAAACACAGACCACUUUCCAAUUAUUGGCACCUUCUGGAGAGACGUUGCCUUAUAAACCUGCAAGAUUCCGAAGGGAUACGGUGGAUAUGGUUCUUUGGCCAAUGGACAAUAGUACAGACUUCAUUGGAUAUUCAGAGGGGAAUAUUGUGGAUAAUUGGGAUAGUUCGAAUUCUUCGAAUGCUUCAAAAGACAGGAUAAUUCAAAAUCCCACCAUCCCAUCACUGCAGAAUUCUUUGGAAACCCAGCAAGAUAAAAUGGUGAAACUGAAAAACGGAACAAUGGUUCAUCUAGUAGCUGCACCAAAACUACCACCACAUGUACAAGCAAAAGAUCAAGUAAUCAAAGAUCCAUCAACUGACACUAAACCACCCGACCUUCCUCGCUCAAAAAAGACCACCGGUGGCGAGGCGGUACCUGUCUAUUCGGAUAGUGUCUUCUCAAACGCCCUGGCUCAAUACAACACAUUGACCGACUCUCGAGGAAUUCUCCAUCGUCCCAGGAGUCGUUCUCCAUUCACAAAACCAGGACUUUGGGAGCCCAAUCCAGACGACCCACAUAACAGGGACCAUGCAAACAAGUACUACUACCAUCCAUACUCUGUUGGUGUCGAUUGGUUGCAGGGGCAAUUGACAUGGGGCGCUCAUUUCGCCGUUCCGGCUGCUGGCGUUGGAGGAACCGAUGGAUUUAGUGCUGUGCACUUUCCAUCGCUUGGUACUUUCCUUAAUAUUCCUGAUGAUUAUGAUUAA